AGUAGUUAUCGUUUGUCCUGCCUGUUCAAUAAGCGUUGUUAUUGGGUCACAGCUGUCAAUUAGGCUCUCACUGCACGGAUCCAUCACCCGUUAAGCCCGGUUCUCACUGCCGAAACCGAUCGGAGCGGAUGGUAAGCGGAUGGUGAUCGUAUGGUAAUGGUAUGGUGAGCGUGGCUAGAGAAAAAAGAUAAAAAUCUCUAGGCCCGAUACGAUCCUGGGGCCGCUGCUCCCAUCGUACGCCGCGCAUGCGCAGAGGCGUUGUUUAUUCUAUUCGUUGCCAAUCAUGGCGCAGUGCGAUGACCUUGGAAACCACAACAAUAACAGACGUUUUGUGCUUUGAUAUUGUAUUUUGUGGGUUCAAUAAAUAAAUUUAGGUCAAAAUAGGGUAUGGCGGACGAAGACAUGUUCCUUUUUUUAGCGCUAGCUUCAGGCAGCGAAGUUCCUCAACAAAAAAAGAAAAUAUGGGUCAGGGAAACAUUAAAACACAGGGAUAUAAGGGGAGAGUACGCUACACUUUUACGAGAAGCACGAAACCACCCAGAAGAAUUUUAUAGGGCCUAUAGAAUGAUGCCUGAGAGAUUUGAUGAGCUGCUGGACUUUGUGGCACCCCGCCUGAAGAAGGAGGAUACCAACUUCAGAGCUGCAAUCCCUGAAGCGGAGCGCCUGGCAAUGACGUUGAGGUACCUGGCCUCUGGCAUGAGCCAGCAGGACACCGCCCGGUACUUCAGAAUGGGGAAGUCGACGGUCUCCAGCAUCAUCCCUGAGGUGUGCAACGUCCUGUGGGAAGAGCUGGUUCCCACAGAAAUGUCUGCACCUACCACCCAAAGGUGGCUCGACAUCGCUGAGGAGUUCGAAGACAGAUGGAAUUUUCCACACUGCCUUGGUGCUAUCGAUGGAAAACAUGUCCGGAUUCAGUGUCCCCGUCUGUCCGGCUCAGCCUUCUUUAACUACAAGGCUACAUUCAGCAGUGUGCUGAUGGCUGUCGCCGAUGCGGACUACGCAUUUACGUACGUGGACGUUGGGGCGUACGGACGCGAAAAUGACGCCAACAUUUUCGCCAACUCCACGUUCGGCCAACGCCUGCAACAGGACACCCUGAACCUGCCCAGUGCCGAUCCCGGAGAGCUAGAGUAUGUCUUCAUUGGGGACGAGGCGUUCCAGCUGAGGCAGCGGAUCAUGCGUCCCUACCCAGGAUCGAGGCUGGGGGGUGUAGCAGAAGAGGACUACCACCAGCGGCUCGUUUACAACUACCGGUUGAGUAGGGCGCGGCGAGUGGUCGAGAAUGCGUUCGGCAUUUUAGUGACAAGAUGGCGCUCACUCAGGCAGCCAAUAGUGGCGAAGAUAGAAACUGUGGACGCCAUAGUAAAGGCCACUUGUGUUCUCCACAACUUCUUGCGUCGCCGCGAUGGUGUCUCCAACGACAGGCGCUACAUCUCCCAGGGCGACGUCGACGCGGACGAUGGUGGGCGGGUGAUGCAGGGCGCCUGGCGCCGGGAGCUCGCAGGCGGUGGUCUAGCCGACAUCGGUCGGAUGGGGGCCAACAACCCAGCAAGGGGCGCAGCGGACCUUCGCGAGCGGUUUGCACGAUACUUCGUGUCGCCAGAGGGAAGCGUGCCCUGGCAGGAUGCCAUUGUGCGCCGAGGCCGACUGCAGUAGGCCAGAGUCUGCCUGCGGGGGCUGUCGCUGAGAGCGCUCUGCCGCCCGACUCGUCGGUGCUUCCGUGUCAUGUGUCAGUUUGUGCGCGUUAAUGAAUGUUAUGUGGCCUUCGAUAAGUGUCACCGUGUCAUUGUUAAUUUUCAGCUCGUGUCCCGCACAUUGCAAUGCGUGUAUAUAUUGUGUCCCUCUGCAUGCCGCCCGUUGGUGCCUCCAUCGAGUGCCGGUUCGCUCGACGCCCGUCGGUGCUGCUUCGGAUUGUUCGCCCGGUGCCCGCUCGUAGCACCGUGCGUCCGCAAUGGACAGAUUUUAGGUGCUUUUAGGUGCCUCGAUUUAUUUGCUGCCGAGUGUAUGCAAAUACAUGUGUUGGCCUGAGAA